UUAUAGACCUUCGUAAUUAGUCAAGUCGCGGAUACAGUGGACAUCGCACGUCCCCAAAGAUGAACUAGUGUACAAAUUAUUUUUAUUAGAUUUCAUAGUGUUUAUGUUCCUGUUUCUCCGGUUGAAUAGCCUUGCGAUAUUUAUUUUUAUAUUUUUCCUUGUGCGGUCACGAUGAGAUUAUUUCUCGUUGUUUUUUUAGCUUCAUUUGCAUUAUGCGACGAAAACUACACGCUACAGAACAUAGAGAAAGUCUUCGGAUCUUCAUUUGGUGCUCCUUUCAUUGAGCAGUUGCCUCCCUUAGCUCAGAUCCCAACAAAUCUCACAGAAAAUGAUUUGUUAGAUGACUAUCGUCCUUCGGUGGCGGAAUAUGAUAAAUUUGAUUGGAUACUUACUAAGAGGAUUGCCGUUACAUCAAACGAGAACUUUCUAAUUUCUCCCUUGGGGCUUAAAUUGGCAUUGGCUAUCCUGGUGGAAGCUUCCACGGGAGCAACCCAUGCCGAGAUCUCCAACGUCCUUGGCUUGGAUGUGGACAAUGAAGUGGUUAGGAAGAAGUUUUCAGAAAUUAUAGACUCGCUUCAGACAAAGUCUUCAGACUAUAUCCUAGACCUAGGUAGUCGAAUAUACGUAGGAUCCUCUGUCCAUCCUCCUCAGCAGUUUGCAGCGAUCGCUGAGAACUUUUACAAGACUGAAAUCACAAGUAUAGACUUCAGUAAGUCCGAUCUAGCCGCCGACAGCAUAAAUCAGUGGGUGUCCAAUAUAACUCAAGGAAGGAUACCAAAUUUAGUAGACGCAGGUGACUUACAGGGUGUGGUAUCAUUGGUUCUCAACACCUUAUUCUUCAAGGGAACAUGGCGACAUCAGUUCAAUCCAAACAACACAUUUAACCAUGACUUCUAUAUUCAGGCCAACCUAACAAAGCCAGCAUCCUUCAUGCAAACCAAAAACAAAUUCUUUUUUACUGACUCCGUUAAGUAUAAUGCGAAAAUUUUACGAAUGCCGUAUAAGACUGGCAAUUUCGCAAUGUACAUUAUAGUGCCAAACUCCCUCACCGGUCUACCUCAUAUAUUUAAUGAUAUAAGUGGUGUUCGUGCUGAGUUGUUCAGUCUGACUAAGCAUGUGGUUGACGUCUUGAUACCUAAAUUCGAGUUCGAGUACACUUCGCAACUUGAUGGAAUACUAAAAGAGUUGGGUGUUAGACAAGCGUUCGAGGACACAGCGUCUUUUCCAGGGUUAUGUAGGGGACAGACCCCAGGAAAUCGCAUGAGAGUCUCCAAGGUGCUGCAGAGGUCCGGUAUCGUUAAUAACGAGAUUGGUAGCGUGGCAUAUUCGGCGACCGAAAUAACAUUAGAGAAUAAAUUUGGUGAGGACCAGCCCAUGGCAACACUGAUUGCCAACAAACCCUUCAUGUUCUUCAUUCAAGAUGAGAACACCCGACAACUGCUCUUUACUGGACGUGUAUCCGACCCCUCGCUUUUUGACGGUGCCUUCAAACUACCAUCUUUAUUUUCGGCCAACAUCGCCACUUUGGACUGUCUCGAUGGAGCAGCAACAGAUCUUUCUCGACUGAAUUUCUUUGACAUAGAUUUACUCAGAUAUACGGCAGAAGACCGACCUGGUAAUGUCAUGGUAUCACCUGCCAGUAUUAAGUCCACGCUAGCAAUGAUCCUUGAAGGUUCUGCUGGAGCAACGCAAGAUGAAAUCAGAAGUGCCUUACGUUUAUCACCUUAUAAAGAUGAAUUUCGCGAACAGCUGAACACAUAUCUUAAUUUAUUAAAUGUAAAUACUCGAGGUGUCAGUAUAGAAAAUGCAAAUGCCGUCUUCGUCUCCAACAAACUAAAACUCAACAAAGAUUUUGUGUUGAUGAUACAAAAAGUCUACCAGUCAGAACUUCGUCCAGUUGAUUUUGCUUACACAAAUAAUGUGUCCGAAAUUAUCAACAAAUGGGUGUUUGAAAAAACCAAGGGUUUGAUUCCUGGAAUUGUUGAGCCUGCAAACAUAAGUCCAAGAGCAGAGAUGAUUUUGAUAAAUGCUCUAUACUUCAAGGGCUCAUGGGCGAUUUCUUUUAAUCCUCGAUACACCAGGCCCGGCUGCUUCCAUUACAAAGGCGCGUGCACGAAUGUCGCAAUGAUGGAGUUGCAUGCUGAACUUAAUUGUGCAUAUGUGGACAACCUUAGGGCACACGCUGUAGAGUUACUAUACGAGGGUGGUGAUUACUCUAUGAUCCUUCUAGUACCAGUGGAUCGUGACGGCAUUUCACAGCUAAUUCGAGAUCUUCCAUACAUGAGUCUGCCUCAGAUCACUCCACUCAUGGAACCUACGGACGUGAGACUGAUAAUGCCAAAGUUUACUGUUGAUUAUACCGAGAAUAUGGCGCUGCCUUUGAGAAAUAUGCGGAUCGAAACCUUAUUUACCAAGAACGCCAAUCUAUCCGGCAUUUACGAAGGCGCGUCCUCACAAGUGGACAACAUCGUUCACAAAGUCCAUAUGUCCGUUGAUGAGAAGGGUACAACUGCUGCAGCAGUAUCAGGGGCUAUGGUGAUACCAUUAAUUGGAGCGGAGCUUCUUCUCAAAGUGGAUAGGCCUUUCGUAUUUUUUAUAAAAAGUAAUAAAAUGGGACUAGUCUUAUUUGAAGGGAAGAUCGAACAGCCUAAUAUUAUUGAGAACUUUUUGGCUGAACCCUCAAUGAAUGUACAGAAAAACCAGAACAGAAAAUACCCCAAUCCUUACUUCUAAGAAUUUGACAAUAGUGUUUCCUAUUAAAUAAUAUACUUU